AUGGCCAGAUUUCUAGUGGUUUUUGACAUAAGUGGAACUUUGAUAAAAAGGUAUCAUAAAGCCAAAAGUGAGCAACGGAUUCUUACAUCCAUGGGGGUGGAGCCGGACUUCAAGUUCAAGGAAUACUUUAUUUACAACCGCCCCCAUUUGGACUUGUUGGUGGAAUUUCUUAAGUCCCAUGAUGCUGAAUAUGUCCUGUGGACCACAGGAAUGAGACAAAAUGCAAUGCAUCUUGUCAAGUAUCUGGAGGAUCUGGGGUUUGAUGGGCUUCUUGGAUGGUAUUCUCAGUCGGAUUGCAAGCCUGGGAAGGUGAGGCUUGAUUCCAAGUGCAGUCGAUGGGUUAAGGACUUGGAGGUUGUUGCAAGCAACCAUAACAUUGAUGUUGAGAAAUGCAUUCUUGUUGAUGACAGUGUUGAUAAAUCAAUUUAUACUCAGAACUUUAUAUGCUGUCCUGAGUACAUUCCUGGAGCUAAGGAUUAUGGAAUUGAAUAUAUAUGCAAGCAUCUAGACGACUUUUUUGGAUGUAAAGAGAAUUGUAUUGCCAAGAGAAUGAUAUUGGCAGAGGAAAAGAGAUAA